AUGAUGAUUCAUAGAGACUCCAAAGAAUCACCUUUAUAUUCAGGUGGCCAUUUAACUCGAGAAGAGAGGCUUCAGAGACUCGUUGAACAAUCCAAAUAUCAAGCACGUUAUAUCGAGUCACAAAUAUUAUUCAAGAGCAAUUCAACACGCUCGAUGAAGCCUGAUGUUGCACGUUUAUCUGUAGAGUAUAAAACAAGCAGGUUUUAUGUUGCGGUGGUUGGUUUAGGUACGUUUCCUGGUAAACGAAAACCAUACAUGAAUUAUUAUUUGAUCAUUGAUACAGCUAGUGAUCGAACGUGGCUUCAAUACGAAAAUGCCACUAAAACUUUCAAUCUAGAUAUGCCACUUUAUCCUUGGAGUUCGUCAACCAUGUAUCGUCCUAUCCCUUGUAAUAGGCAUCCGCUUUGCAAGGGAGAUAAGUGCAAUGUUGAUGGACAAUGCACUUACAUAUCAUCCUAUGCGUCUGGAUGUGUUACAUCUGGUAUUGUUACUGAAGAAAUGUUCACUCAAGGAUCCAACACUGGCGGCCUUGAAAGUAUUAAAUUACUAAUGGGUUGUGGUUUUCGUCAAGAUAAUUUCGAAAACUUCAUCGGUCGGAAUCAUAUAUUUGGCAAACCUGAUCUUAUUGCAGGAAUACUCGGUUUAGGACCAGGAGAAUGGUCUUUUAUAAAUCAAUUAGGUGUUGCUGGAGAAGGUCAAUUUGCCUAUUGCUUCGAGACGUUUAAUUUUAAUAUUGAGGGAUCAGAUACAUACUUAAGGUUUGGCGCAGAUGCGACGAUUGGAGGUGCAGGUCAAAAAGUACAUACAACUCCCAUUGUUGUGCCUGAUUACAAGACUUGGUCAUAUUACUUAAAUCUGGAAGAUAUUAGUGUAGGUAACAAAAAUGUCGGAUUUCCUAGAGGCACUUUCAAGCUUAACAUUAGAAGAGAAGGCGGUACAAUCAUAGAUUCUGGUACUCCAAUAUCCGUGAUGUAUAAAGAUCAUUUUGAUAGAAUUGCAGAUUUGGUGAAGGCGCAUUUUAAGGAACUCGGAGUUGAAUAUAUCGGUUCCCAAUACAAUUUUACUCUUUGUUUCCGUCCCCGGAGAAGAUUUGAUAUUACUAACUAUCCUUCCAUAAUAUUUCAUUUUCAACAAGCUGAUUAUGUUAUUACGUAUCAUAAAGCUAAUUUUAUGGUAACAUUAACUGGAAAUAUUUGUUUGGGAAUUUUUCCAACGAAUACAAAUAGGCCAGCUUUCAUUUUAGGAGCCAUGCAACAAACUAAUAAAUGA